UACUUCGAAAAACAACUCUCUAGUUCCCGGGUUUGGAUUUGCUCAUAUUUAUUAAAUAACUAUAUUUAUGCAAUAUUAGAUAUCCAUGUUAAUUUUACUAAGAAAAUUCAAUCAAUCGAAUAAAUAAAAGACGUAGCAUUGAGAUUAGAAUAACAAUUGCAUAUCAUAAAGAUUCGGAUAAAUAAUUACAAAUCCAUCAAUUCUAGCUAGAAACUACAAAAAGACUACUCACAUUUCAUGGUUGAAUCUCCAAUAAUUGUAUUAAAAAAUAAAUAAAUCUGCGUCAAAUGGCUGCUUGGCUAGGGAUCAGAAUAAUAACCCCUCUCAAUAGCAUGAGGAUAUAUUUAUAAUAGGAUUGCAAGUCAAGACAGAAAUGGAAUCUAAAUCUUUCAAGUAACUUUCCCCCGAAUCAAAAUCCAUAACAUCAGAGGAUUGAUCCACACAUAAUUCCCAGUUUGGUCUCAUAGGGAUCAACCCAUAUGAAGGAGGGAUCGACCCCUAAGCAUUCUCUGUCAAUAUCUUCCUUUAAAGAUUGAACCAUAUUUAUAGGGGAUCGGUCCAAACUUGUUUUUCACCAUGGCAUUGAUCCUUUAUAAAUAUGGAUCAAACCUUUUCUUCUUUUUGUCAAAUCUUCAUGCUACAAAUCGAUCCAAUUUUAUAAGGGAUCAAUGCCUAAUAAUUCUCUAUCCAUUCCUUGUGCCAUCUUGUGAAUCAAACCGUUCCAAUUGUGGAUUGAUCCUCUUCAACUCUCUGAUACUCAUUUUCCUGCUUUUAGCUCUCUGUAAUUUAUGAUUUAAACCGCUAAAUAGCCGCUCCAACGCCUAUUUAGUGUGACAAGAUUCUUCUCUAAUCAAGUCCGUAGGCCGUUGAUGAACCCCGAAAACUUGAUGGGAGACUUCUUUUGACAAUGCCUUAAUCAAAACCUUCGGCUCUGAGUCGGAUUCUCGAUUCUCUUGCCCCCUUGAGCAGAGGUAACUCUUCCUCCAGGUUGGGGAUGCCAGUCUUGCUCUCUUCAAUAGCCUUGUCUACUAGAGGCACUUUUGAUGAGCCAAUUUUAGAUUUUUCAUAGGUGCUCGGCAUGUAGCUACUCGGGGUUCUAGUGGACGUGCCAAAGUUAGAUUGGACUUAAAAUCUAAACACGUAUGAUCUAUUUAUUUAAACUGAUGUGAGGUUCUAAAAUUGUGACUGUUUAAGUGAUUGUAAUGAGGUGUAAAGCUACAUCUGAGUUUUUUUCUUUGCCUUCGAAAUCAAGGAUUUUAAAUAAUUUUUCAACUAAUUACAUAAUGGAUUAGAACAUAGAAAUAAAGUUGGAAUGUAAAGUAGCAGAUAUGCUAAACUUAGAAAAAAAAAAGAGUACUGUACUUAAAAUUAAAUGUAAGCGGUAACGAUCACUGUAGCGAUGAAUUAGAAGUAAAAGUAAAGUUAUUGGGAAGUAAAAACAAAUAAGUAGGAGAGAGGCUGACUCUAUGUAGAGUUUUUUGUGCUUAAUCAUGAAUCAUUUCUUUGUAGCCUUACCCUUGUUAUUUAUAGGGAUGACCUUCAACUGCCAAUGCUAUCUUUUUUGGUCAUGACUGUAAUCAUGACUUUUUCCUGCGAGAUGUGGAGACAUAUAUUCAAUCAUCUCUAACUGACAGCUCAUGAUGUCACGUUUUUCCGCUUUUCAAGAUUCUUAGAGCCCCACUUCCUUAAUCGCUUUGUCAAGUAUGAACUCUUACAAACUCUUUCAUGACCAUCGAAUUGCAUCCAUGUGUCACCCUCAUAUUUUACUAUUUUUUGGUGUAAACAAUAUCACAAUAAGAUCACAUAAAUUUAAAAUACAGUAGAACUAGACUGGUGCCGAAUAAUAUGCAAACAUUGAAACAUUCCUAUUCCAACGUUGCUUUUUGAAUAAAGGUGACACUUCACUAGAAUCUCUUGAUCUUUCUAAAGGGUGCUUUUCAAAGCGGUACAUUGUGUUCGUUUUUUGAGUUAGUUUUAAAGGGAAACUAUCCUAAAUGUUUAGUUUUAAAAUGUAAAACCACCCUAGUUGGUGGUUAAGGGCCAAGUGGAAGAUAGUAGGAAUUUUGUGGCCCAUUAACUUUUACUUAUACCAAAGUUGGUUUGAUUACUACUCUUGGAAGGAUUGUAGGAUACAUAUGUUUGCAAAUCAGGGUCAGAUUUGUAAACAUUAACAAAUGAAGGGUUGUUAUUUAAUACAUCAGUAUUUUGUGGUCAUCCUUAGCCAAAUUGGGUUCCUUGAUGGUUAGCAUUCUUAAAGGCCUUGAAUACAUAAAGGAAGCACGUCCCCCUACCCAGCAUGUUCUUUUCGCCUCUUUGUGUAUACGUUGUGCCCAAGGCAGUGGAAGACGUUACCAUCGUGUUCUUGUUCAGCAAAGGUCGGACCUUUUCGCCAAAAUAUGGUCUCUCUGAGAUGGGUGUAUGAACAAGGCGUGAGUUUGGUACCAAAGAGCUUUAACAAGGAGAGAAUGAGGCAAAACCUUCAGAUAUUUGAUUGGUCACUGACACAGGAAGAAUCACACAAGAUUAACCAGCUUCCUCAACGCAAAGGCAUCACUUUGGCACAUGCUUUGGGACCCCUCGACUGGGUGCUGGAGCUGGAUGCAGAUCUCUGAAAAAAUCAUAAGAAAAUUCCACUUAUUUCUAAAUUCUCAGAAUAAAAAAAGUUGGACAGCCAGCGACACGUUACACAUUCAUGGAGAGUCAUUUUAUCCGAAUGUAUGGAGGUUUUUACCCAUAUCAAGUGUUUUUGAAAAAAAAGUCCCAAUUAAGGGUAGGUUUGAAAAUAAUUUUCAAACCAAAGAUAGUUUUAAAAACGUCAUUUGGUCUGACGUUUUUAAGCCAAAAG